UGUCGAAGUGCAGAAAGGAGACUCUGGUCGCUACAGCUGCCGAGCGAUGAAUGUCGUUGGGGAAGCCUGGUGUGAAGGAAUCGAAAUGGAAGUCUAUGACCUUAAUAUUGUCGGGAUAGUGGCUGGAGUAUUGGUCGUGCUGGUCGUCCUGUCCCUGAUUACAGUGGGGAUCUGCUGCGCCUACAGGAAUGGUUUAUUUGUCCACAACAAACAAAAUGGAAACAGCUACAAGACUCCAACAAAGCCGGAUGGCGUGAACUAUAUUCACACAGAUGAGGAGGGUGACUUUAGACACAAGUCCUCCUUUGUGAUAUGAAACAGCAGAGACAUUUGGAUUUUGCUCAGCGGCGAGAGCGGAGUGCGGAAAACCUUCUCCAACUCCUUGCGCAAGAGGCGAUAACUGGCGUGUGUGUGGAUGUGUUCUUUUUUACUCCUUUCUAAACCAUUUACAGGCACACAUGUGCACCUGCCUGAUUUUUUUUUUUCACUCUUUUGUUGUUGCCAAAGUCAACCCCCCGUUUUUAACUGCCAAACUGCCAUCUUCCACCCUAGAAGCAACCGUUGCGGACACCGCCGUCUCUCCAGGUGGCAAGGAGAGCAUCUCUUCAACCUUUGGCUGGAGAAAAUGAUUCUGGAAAGUCAUUUCCAGAAAAUCUCCAGGGAUCACUUCUAUGCCAUUCCAGGUUGCAGGGUUGCCUCUUAUACUAUUACACCAAAGUAGCAUCAGAACAUCCUUCUGCACUCCAAGCAUCUACCCCCUCAUCUGCUUCAUGCAGUCUUGCUCAUUGGAUGCCCUUCCCCAUGCCAACCUCUGCAUGCCAAACAUCUCUUUGGGUAGCUAAGCAACAACAGCAACAAAAAGUCAAACCCUCUGACUUCUUGAGGUGGUACCUAGGACCGAAGACAGAAUUUUUCUACUGUUCCUAUUCUUUCGUUUGUAGAAUUCUGCAGUCUAAUUUUUUUUUUUUUUGGCAAAGAUAUAUUUUGAUUACUUUUUUUAAAAAAGUCAUUGGUUUUUUUUUUUAAUUUAAAAUGUAAAUAGUUUGGUAGGCCAAACGGUGUUAAUUGUAAUAAUGUAGUAACUUUACAGGGGUUUCUUUCUAUUCAUGCUUUCCAGUACUGAUUCAAACCAUAUCAGUAUUAACCAAAAGUACAGAACUCUCAGCAUUGCAAAAGAGCACUGACAAAACACCUCCUCCUUUGAUGGGGAAAGUGAUUUAAGAUUUAUCUUCUCCCUGCAGAAAAAUAUGGGCAGGGUUGAAAGACUUGUCCAUCUCGUAGCAGGAACACAAAGGGAAGCCCUCUGAUACGUUGCGGCAAAUUACUUUCUAAGUGGAAGGGAGUUUGUGAUGCGACAAGAUGCUCAAAAGAGAAACUCCCAGAUCUUUUCUGGGGUGCAAGAGUCAUUGAGUUCUAAAGCUUGGAUGUGCCCUUUGGGAAGGGUGAAAAUGUACAGUGGUUGUCAAACGAAGCUCUGCAGCUUAGCUGGUGAAAAAUGGAGGGGAGUCUGCUCUUCCACAUCAUCUUUUUAGACCAUCCCACUUACAGUUCAGGAAAACACUUCUCUUGUCCAUGAAAGAAAAAGAGAAAGAAAAGAGAACGGAGCAUAAAUUAAAUCCACAGUCCUCUCUCUCUUUCUCUCUAAUUUUUCCAUUCAAGUUAACGGCGGGAGCUUCCAACUGAUCUGACUAUCAGCAAGCAACUCCUGGCUCUUCCUGUGGCAGCAGCUGUGCCCUUCUAUGUAAGAGACACAGCAAAGAUAAAAUAAUUUGCUGUGAUGGAAGAAGUGGCUUUUCUUUCCAAAAACAUGGUAUAUGUUUAGGGAUGUUUGUUUCAGCCUCCAAGUUCAUAGUCUUAAUUCUGGACAUGGACAGUAUUUUUUAUUACCUAAGAGGACGUGGGACUCCUAGUAUUGGAUUUGUUGGUCUUCUGUAUUAAUCUGCCUUAGAACAUCCAACCCAUUGGAUUGGCUUGGUUUCUCUUUUUUUAAGGAAGUUGAGAAGAGAGGUCAUUGGUGUGUUUUAUUUCUAUCCAAGAGCUUUGAUUCCUGUCCUUUCAGGGUGAAGUGGCGCUAAAUUUAAGGGGGGUGGGAGCUGUAACCAUGUGCCCCAACCCUGCCAUCUUGUUUUGAUUUUAACCAUGGCUACCUCGGCAUUUGACCAAAGUAAAGUUUUUAUCCACUGCCAAAAUGUUUUUCUCCCUGUCAACUUUAUUUAUGAUAGAAUAGGGUUGCCUUCUGGAUCAAAAUGGCUUUCCUUCUGCCUUACUAUAUUCACUAACCCUUUCCGAGGCUGCCUCUCUGACACCCAAAAGCGAGAAGAAAAGCCUUGAAUAUUUAGUUGAGAACAAAAGAUCUCUUGCCUUCGAGUAACGUCUAUGCUGUUACACACCUAACCUGGAUUAAUAGGUAUGGUUUGCAACCAGGGCAGGUUAGAAGUCCAAGGAGACCAAAUCUAAUAGAUGGUCCAUCCCCUUCGGAAAACUGUGAGUGUUUAAUAUUAGAUAGCAGGUUAAAGGCUUUGGGAGGUACAGUGAACAGCAGGAGUAGGAACUCUGGGCGUGCUGUUUUGGGCCAGGCUGAAGAUGAGUAGGUCAGCCCCAUUCCUUUGGAGCCACUCACGCCACAGUGUGAUCUUCCCUUUUUGCCUGGAAGUGACCCUGUUCAACUCUCCAGUCUGAGUUCUACCCAAUGCCGAAUAGGAUAGAAUGGGAGAAUACGUUAGAUGAGUUAUCUAUUGCUGAUGAGCCACAGUUCCUAGCAGUCCUAGUGAGCAAGGCCAAUGGUGAGAUGGGCUGGGAGUUGUCAAUCAAGAUUGUUUGGCAGUGAAGUGCAUGGGCGCUGCUUGGCAUAUAAUAAUUUAGUACCUAUGGGGAAAAUUCUUCAAGGUUUGAAGUGCCGGUUCAUUACCUGGAGAGGUUUUUCAUUUACCAGAGGAACCUAAACAGGUUGGUGAUUUAAGGUAGUGCAAUCUGUUAUUCAAACACUCAAUCUGUGCCAGAGUUGGCAUGGCUCAUUAAUAUAUUUGUUACUUUAAUGAAAAAGGAGUAAUGAAUUUCAGAUCCUAGAAAGGACUAUUAGUGGCAAGGGAUGAGUCAAUUAAAAUUUCUUCCACUGAAGUCAGGUCAAUUAAUCCUGGUUAAAUUUGUAACAGACCCAAACGCUUAGAGUCACUUCUUAAAAAGCAGUUCUCUUCUUCUAGUUAGAAACCUUGCCUCCAAAGAAUUAUCAUCUUUUUGGGUCUCAAAAAUGCACCAGUGGAAUCUCUUUUAACAAAUAGGUCUCCACAAAACACAUUGUAAAUACUUGAUCGGUUUGUACUAAUGUAUUGCAUUUAACUUUGCUGAGAAUGUUUUACAUAAAUAUAAAUCUAUCUAUCUAUAUAUAAAAUUGUUGUUCUGGACAGUCUUUGUGGUGACGGUGGUGGUAAGGACCCCUGCAUGGGGGACAGCAGAUUAUAAAGUACUACAGGCUUUGGUUGUGCAUGGAUGAAGUUCAAUUACUCCUGCAGUUGCCUAGUAGUUACAUUCUCGUCUUUAGCACAAGCUCCUGGACAGUAGUUAAGAACGAUCAAGUAUUUACUCACAAUCCUUAUGGGAUGAGAACCAGACCUCACUAGCUUCUUAGGCCAAAUUGGCACACACAUCAAAGGAAAAAGCACACACAAGUUCAUUUCCAUUUCUAUCCUGGUGUCCGGUUUUGAGUGUGUGCUAUGGGGAAGCUAAAAUUCAAGGACUGCAACCUCUGAUUAGUAGAGGUGUACCUCCAAGUGACCAUCACAUAAGAAACUUGGAAGGCAUCUAGUCCUUGGGUCUAUUUCACUUGGUCGUUGCUUCCAUCAGCAAAUGGGGUCUAGGUGGAUGCUUGUUCUGGUGUAUCUUCAUGUGCCUUGUCCUGCCUUCUAGUGAUAUGAUGGACAAUAUGUGAUGGACAAUGUACAGUAUGGGUAUAUGUGGAUGGAUAAAAAAGGAAUGGAUCUUGGUUGCAAGUUACCAACUGAUGAAGCUACAGUGCAAGGGAGACAUUGUUGAGAGUUUGGGGUGAAAUGUGCGAAGGAUAUUAUGUGCCCUCAUAAGUAGCAGUAUGGCUGAUAAUGGCUUUUUUUCUUUUUUUGUGCCUAGUUGUAUUGUUUUAAAAAGGGAAGAAAAGAUUUAAGAACCACCUCCAGACAGCUAAGCCCUCAAAAUAAAACCUAAACUGAAAAUUGA